GCAGUAUAGCUACCUAGCAUGACGCUGACCUCUAUGAAACGAACUAGCCUACCCAGAUAGCCAGUUCGUCCAGAAGUUGUACGAUGGUCGUUUACAUUCUAGCUACAUUAAACAUAAUUGUGUUACUGUUAGUCAACUUUUAGGCGUAACCCUUGUUGGCUAGUUAGUAGUACUUUACUAAAAUAUUGUUACUAGUAGUAUAUGUAUCGUCAGUGCGGGUUGUACAGGUGCAUGGCUAGUUAGCCGUCUUGCUACCUUAGCAAUAUUGUGAACAGUGCCUGCAUUUAUAACACACUUAUUAUAUUCCGAGUUUGUCUCGGAAAGUCCGACUAUUAUUUAGUGGGUGAAACUAUGGUUGAGCGAGAGGAUGCAGCUAGCUAAAUGUAAACAAACUGUCAUUCUGGUUACGAUAUGCUACUUUUGAUAUUGAAGUAAAAUGGUUUUGACAGAAAAAUAAUCGAAACCGGUUGCAUUGCACAUGCUUUCUAGGUACACAGUGUGCUUAUUCUGCUAUAUUGCAAACAAUCACAUAUAAACAAGGUUUUAUUGAUCAGAUUAAAGACUGAGUUAACCCGUAUGCACCUAAGUAGGUGGUUGGACAAGUGCUUAAAUUCUUUCGUGUUAAGAGAGGAAAUAUUCCCUCUAAACAUGAAAAGCACCUAAUUAAGAAGAGAUAGCAGCUUGUUAAAAUUCUGGAAUUGAAAUUGUGGUUGGACAAAAAUACACAGAGAUCCCACAUGCCAGGGUUUGGGAACCACUGUUUUAGCUGACUCAGGGGUCUGCAGCCCUGGUCCAGAAUGGCCACAAGCUCUGUUGGUUUUGUUUUCACCUUAAAAUCAGCACACAUCUAGACCCAAGUAACCAGGGGCUGUAGCACGGAGUGAUGGCUGGGGGAGUGGUGUUUUUACGGGGUCUCUUACCCCGGUACUGUCGUUGGGUUACCUUUGGCAAUGUGUUGCUACAUCCACAAAUAAGCUCAGUUCACCCCCCAGUGGCUGUAAUAUUGGGACAGUUUUCUCAAAGGACUCUCCAACCAUGCUGUGCCAUACACCACUGUUCGGUGAUGUGUGCUGGCCACAAUAAGUGGUCCAAGGUGAAGAACGUGAAAGGACCCAAAGAUGCCGCCCGCAGUCGAAUGUUCAUGAAGUAUUCAAUGAUGAUCAGGGUAGCUGUGAGAGAAGGAGGACCUAAUCCUAACUUCAAUGUCCAGUUGGCAAACCUCAUAGAACAGUGCCGGGGCAAGAACAUGCCAAAAGCUUCCAUUGACGCAGCCAUUAAGGGGGCGGAAAAGUCAAAAGCAGGAUCAUACUCUUUGUACGAGGCCCGGGGACCUGGUGGCUCCUCGAUGCUUAUUGAGGUUCUAACUGACAACAACACACGGACCCAUCAGGCACUCAAAUACUUGCUACAAAAGCACGGAGGAAUGAUGUGCGAUGGAGCACGGCACAGUUUUGAGCAGAAGGGCGUGGUGCUGGCGCCGCGAGAAGGCGUGUCUAUGGACCGCGCUCUGGAGCUGGCCAUUGAGGCUGGGGCAGAGGACGUGCAGGAGACUGAGGAUGAGGAUGAGAAGCCUUUGCUACAGUUUGUCUGUAAGGUGUCAGAUUUGCGGGAGGUGCGAAGCGCGCUGGAGGCUCUGGGCCUUCCCACGAUCUCGGCCAGCCGGGAGUACGUGUCCCACAGCCCCGCCCUGCUGCCCCUGGCCCAGCUGGAGGAUGCCUCGCGCCUGCUGGAUGUACUGAGCGACAAUCCCGACGUGAUCCGAGUGUGGGACAACAUUCAAGCACAGGACUGAUGGAAACAUGACUGUCUGUCUUCCAGGACUCUGAGGCUAAGAGACAGGAGCAGCCAAGCCCUGAGAGCUCAUUAUUAACCAGGCUCAUAGUUUUCUGCUUCAAACGCGGCAACUGUCUAAAUCUGCCUGAACAAAUCACUGUUUCUCAUGCAACAACUUGGAGCCAGUGGUCAUAACUACUUGAUUUCUAUGUUGAAUCUUAAUGUUGAAGCAAACAUGGUUUGAUUUGUAAUUAACAGGCUUUGUAUUUAUUGCACUGUCUGACUCCAUGCUAGACCAUGUGGAGAGCUGCUUGUUUUACAUUUGCAUGGCCAUGGCCUAAGCCAAGGAUUCCAAACGGUGCAUUCCUGGGAGUCCAUUAAAGUGUCCCAGAGGAUCUUCAGCAAAAUAGAAAAAUUAUUAUUUUCUGUUUUAAGAAUAUUGUUUAUAUGAUAAUAUAUUUAGACAUCCAGAUGAAAUAAACAUUUAUUAUGGUUUACUCAUUUUUGGUAAUAUUGUAAUCUUCAUAUCUAUAAAUAGUUAGCAUUAAAGGACAAGUAUUAGGUAUUCAUAUUGUAGUAAACAGAAACAUAAAUUGUGCAGUUCCAUGAUAUAAGGACAACAUGAUUUACAAAGGCUUCUGUGUUGCUGUGUACUAGGGUGGUACAUUGCCACUACGUUCCUGCCUAUGGACGGUGUUGGAUAAAGGUGUCAAAUAUUAAUUGCAUUAUUGAAGUGGAGUCCUCAGCUAAUAAGUUGUUAAUUAAGGGGUCUUGGGAAAAUAAUUAUUAACAUGCAACCUAUUACAUAACAAUUAAUCGAUAUGUUUAACUAUCAAAAAUCUACAGUCAAAUGCAAAAUGAAUUGGGAUGGUGGCACAACUUGUGUUUUGGCUCUGUACUCCAGCACAUUGGAUUUGUAAAAAAACAAUGAAUAUGACGUUAAAGUGCAGACUGUCGGCUUUACUUUUAGAUAAUUUAUAACCAUAUUGGUUGAUCUAUGUAGGAAUUAUACCCCUUGUAAACAUAGUCUGGCAUUUUAAGGGAGCAAAAGUAAUUGAACAAAUUAAAAUAAUCUGAAACUCA